GCUUUUGUCCCACCAACCCCAGGUUAUAAUGGGAGAGGAAAAUAGGCCUCAGGGCAGUCGGCGGCAGCGCCAACCCGCAGUGGGCCCCGUCGGUGAGUCGGUGGGCUGGGGCUCACCCUGCCUCCGGCCUCUUCAUGGGGAACACCAUCAGGGCCCUGGUGGCCUUCAUCCCUGCUGACUGCUGCCAGAACUACGUGGUCAGAGAUCUCCGGGAGAUGCCCGUGGACAAGAUGGUAGAUCUGAGUGGGACCCAGCUACGCCAUUUCCCCGGGCACGUGUGCUCCUUCCGGGAGCUGGUCAAGCUCUACCUGAGUGACAACCACCUCAACAGCCUGCCUCCUGAGCUGGGGCAGCUGCAGAAUCUGCAGAUCCUGGCCCUGGAUUUCAACAACUUCAAGGCUCUGCCCCGGGUGGUGUGUACUUUGAAACAGCUCUGCAUCCUCUACUUGGGUAACAACAAACUUUGCGACCUCCCCAGUGAGCUGAGCCUGCUUCAGAAACUCCGGACCCUGUGGGUCGAGGCCAACUGCCUCACCCAGCUGCCGGAGGUGGUCUGCGAGCUAAGUCUCCUAAAGACUCUGCAUGCCGGCUCCAAUUCCCUGCGUCUGCUGCCAGGCCAGCUCCAGCGCCUCCGAGAGCUGCGGACCAUCUGGCUCUCAGGCAACCUGCUGACUGACUUCCCCCCUGUGCUGCUGCACAUGCCCUUCCUGGAGGUGAUCGACGUGGACAGGAACAGCAUCCGUUACUUCCCCAGCCUGGCCCACCUGUCGAGUCUGAAGCUGGUCAUCUAUGACCACAAUCCCUGCAGGAACGCACCCAAGGUGGCCAAAGGUGUGCGCCGCGUGGGAAGAUGGGCAGAGGAGACGCCAGAGCCUGACCCCAGAAAAGCCAGACGCUACGCCUUGGCCAGGGAGGAAAGUCAGGAGGGAGAGGCACUUGUCCUGCCUCCUCUACUUCUUCCUCCCAACUCCUGAGGAGCUUCAGUCAUAGGUCAACGCCAAGGAUCCGACUCCAGCAUCUUCUGGAGAUCUCUCCUUUAGAGGGUACAGGAUUGCUCUGGGACACACGGGAUGCUCUGCCAGUGGUUAGUGAUGGAAGUCCAAAGAAAUGCCUCACUCACAUUAAGGGAGAAUUUCUGGCCAACAUUUCUCCCAAAGUGAAGCUGGGUGCUACGGCCGGCCUCACUCUCUGGAAGCAAAUCAGCUCCUCCAAAUAGGUAUUUUGCAACAUUGAAGAGUACGAAGGGCUAGGACAUUCUGUCCUUCUCUACUCCACAAGCGGCUGGUCAGGAUGCUCACGAACUCCUCAAAUAAGGUAUUUACUAAAGAAUUCACCUGAGAGUUCAGGUGGCCUGGCUCCAGCCCUUUGCAGGAUAUAUUUUACUAGGAAUGACCUUAAGUGAUAUGAAAAUAGGGACAAAUUCAGGCCACUUACAAAAGACAUUUCUACCUAGUCAGUCAGACUCUCAGACUCCGUGCUGUUGCAAAGGCUCAAGAUGAAGCUUUUCCCCUGCAGUUGAGAGAAUGCUGAGAGGACCUCUGAUAGAAAAUGCCUCCUGGUGGAGUACGGCUGCCACCUUACACACUUGACAGUGGUUCAUGCUGAUUUAGCUGGUUUUCCCUAAAGGUCAAGGUUUGACCCCAGGUCUGCUCUCAACUGCUUACUGUCACUAUAAUACUACAAGUCCUCUAGAAAGUAGAACCUCUUGUUGGCAAUGUGGUCUUAUUAAAAUCGAGCCUAGUUGUAACCUGCCUGCCUCCAUGGAGCCCUCCCGUUUAUUCACAUUUACGAAGAACUGAACUGAAUCCCCUUCCCGUGGAGGGAAACCACUUUCCAGGAUAUUAGGUUAAAGGUAGCAGGUGAGAAAUCUGUUUACUUGAAACAAGCGUUUGGAAAUCUGCGUUGAAGGUUGUGGUAUAUAUGAGACACUUCUGCCUCUAGCCUCAGUUUCUUAGCCUUUAUUUGGAUUUGAUUUUUCUAGAUAGGGCCUUUUGAUGGUCAGUGUACAAACUUAGACAUUUUGGCCAUUUUUUUAAAAGUAAAUUGUGACCUUUUCUUCUUCCCACAAAUACAUCAACCUUAAAGAUACUGCUGUCUGUGGGUGAUUUAAUAACACAGUCAUGUUCUUGAACCCACAAGGACACAAAAAGUGUCAUAACUAAAGCUUACAUGUGUUUGGCUUUUAAAGUUACUUUUGCCAUAAAAGCAUCUUAGCAAAGUUUGGUUCUAGAAUGACGUUACCCAGCAGACUAUUUUCAUAUGUUUUCCUACCAUAAAUAUUUCUUGCUAAACCAUCUCCCAGUCUGUAGAAUAUCUGCAACCCACUGAUUAGCCUGCUAACAGAUCCCUUUAAUCUUAAAUGUUAUAGGUUUUCAAAUAUUUAACUCCUUUCGUAAUGAGUCCAGAUUCCCAUUACAUAGCUAGGAUUUAUAGUUUAUUUUUUCAUGCCUAAUGACAAACAAAACUAUACUGUUGAUGCUUAAAACUUUAUGCUAACAGAAUUGCCUCCGAACUGGGUCCACAGCCAGCCUUACAGAUGGCUCAGACUUUUACCUUUGACCCUGUCUUCCUCCUCCAAAGAUUAAUGUGCCCAUCUCUUCCAGUACAACUGUAGGCUAAAGCCGUAUAACAGCAUGAAGCCAACAGAUCUAAUGAGCUAAGUGGUCUGAAUCAAAUGUCAAAUGGUAAACAUUUGGCACACAAAUGGUUUUCUUCUAAAAUAAUACAGAACAUUUCCCAAACAAUGGUUAAAUGUUCAACACUGAUUUCGCUAUCCAAAAAUGUUUUCACUCUAGGGUUUCAGUCAAUCUUAUAAAAAAAUAACCAUAUAAAUGUAUAUUAACAUUUCCAUACCUCUCUGAUGUUUUCUUGAAAUUCUGACAUAAUUACAAAGUUAAAAAGGGGAAAUGAAGCACCAAAUGUAACUUUACUCCUAAUUUUAAAAGCCCUGAAACACAAAAUGUUACGCACCAGAGAAAUUUAUACAGAGUUUUAUUUAGCUUCUCUAAAUACAAAUGAUGCCCACUAAAAUCUUUUAUCUGAAAUGCAACAUCACUAACAGUUCAUAAUUUUACACUUAAAAAGUGGGCUUGCACCCUAAAAAUCAACUACAUGCAAAUUUUAACUAGAAGCACAUAUCCUACACACAGUAACACAGCAGUGUAGUAUGAUGGUAAAGAGCAUGGCCUUUCUAACUACAUGAGUUCAAAUCCCAGCUUUGCCAUUUCCUAGUCACUUACCAUCUGUGUCUCAGGUUGCUCAUCAGUAAAAUGGCAAAUUUCCAUCUUUGAAGGCACUGUAAGGAUUAACCAAAUUACUGUGUAAAAGGCACAUAGAAUAGUGCCUGGCAGGUGACAGCUAAUGUUUACGUAACAUGUUCUUUUUAUGAAGUGUUACACCAUGCAGCAUGGUAUUUCUACUUACAAGCAGUCUAAUUCUUUGGUUGAAGGGAAAAACAUGAUGCUAAUAGAACAAAAAGGCCUUUUCUGGCUCGGUAAAAUUUCCAGCAACAGUACCUAUAGUCUUGAAUAUAAGAAAAAGAACAACAAUGUGGUGAAAUGCUUCUGGCUUAUCUAACUGGGAAAAUACACCAACACGAUUACCAAGGAUUUAUUCAAUUUCUAAAUGAAUGUACUUUGCCCUUUUCCUGUUACUCUAGAAUGUGCAAAAUCACCAAGGUACAUACUUGGAAAAUGUGACUAUUUCUUGACACAAAACCCAUGUAUCCUGAGAGGCAGGAGGCAUGCGAACCGAAGACAUGGGCAUGUGUCUGCUGGACAUUACUCUGCUUUUUGUCACUGUAUAUAUACGCCCUAUAAUCUCACUACUGUAGAAAGAGUAUUAAUGCUAUUUAUAAAACUUAAAUUUACAUGCUUUUCUUUCUUUCUAGAGGAUCCACUUCUGCAGAAUAGGAAACAAAUUUUGAAUCCUCAGUGCCUAGUAUAAUUCUUCCACGUUUACCUGGAUUUUGGAGAUUUUAUCAUAUGCCAGCCCACAGGGUAGGGGGACAAACAUUUAUGGAGCACAUCUGUAGGGCAGUCAGGUACUAUCUUCAGAGUCUUGUGUAAGUUAAUUCAUAUAACCUUUUCAGUAAACCUUUGAAAGAAGUGUUAGGUGUUGCUCAACUUAAAAAUAAGAAAUCUGAUGGGGUGCCUGGCUCAGUUGGUUGAGGGGCCGACUUCAGCUCAGGUCAUGACCUCCUGGUUCAUGAGUUUGAGCCUUGCAUCAGGCUAGGCUCUCUGCUGUCAGUGAAGCCCACUUCAGAUCCUAUGUCCCUUGCUCUCUGUCCCUCCCCCACUCGUGCUCUCUCAAAAAUAAAUAAAACAUUAAAAAUAAAAUAAAAAAAUAAGAAAUCUAAAAUCUGGUUUGUCCUUAUUAUUUUGACAACCUGAAACAUUCUAUAGUAAUUCUAUGAUUAAAAAAAGUUAAGUCCUCUUUACACUUUUACUGAUGUUCUAAUACACUAGAAUAGGUACAAGACAAGGCAGACUUUAAGAAAAGGAUUUUGGAUAAGAGUAUUCUGUUGACUUUUAUCAGAGCAAGAAAAUGCAUUUUAUCCUGGCAAGAAAAUGCAAGAAAAUGGAGAGACCUUAGCAAAGAACUACUGCUGGGCAACAUCGGGAGAAGAGGAGAUUCAAGAUAAUACUGAGGCAGCUAGUGUAGCAAUUGCCACCUGUGAGGCUAGAUGAACAUGGAAAUGUUACCUUCACCUAUUAAGAGCUAAAAGGCAUGAAAAAAGAGGCUACCAGGGGUGUUGGGGAAGCCCUGUUGGUUAAGCGUCUGACUCUUCUUGAUUUCGGCUCAGGUCAUAACCUCCCGGUUUGUGAGACUGAGCCCCACAUUGGGCCCUGUCCUGACAGUGCGGAGCCUGCUUGGGAUUCUUUCUCCCUCUCUCUGCCCCUCCCACGAGUGUGUACGCACUCUCUCUCAAAAUAAACUUUAAAAAAUAAAGGAGGGGAGAAGAUCUACCAGCGAGGCUGUAGUGGUAGGUCUCACAGGGAUGCAGUCAUCUCCAAAGAGCAAGCUACGCAGGAAGAAAAUGCCGAAUGCCUAUCCCCAUGUCCUGCCAGUACCUCCUGAGUUAAACCACAGGAAGGUGUGAGACAGUCAGCAAAGGUUAAGUGGGCCCAUGACCUCCCAGCAGGCAAAGAAUGGAUCCUGGCUUAAGGAUAAUAAAAGAAUUACCAGUAUACAUAUUAUCCUUCAAAGAAAAACGGAGAGCUACCUAGAUUUUUAAAAAUUAUUUUAGUUUUAGUCAACACACGUGUACCUAGAAUGGAUUUAAAAACCCUACUCAAUUUUUUAUAUAGGUACUAUUAACAUACAUUCCAAACCUCUAAUUCCAUAUCACAAAAAUUUUGCAAAAAACUGCUUCCAUAUUCAGUUUGAGUUAAAAGAAACUCUAUCCUAAAACUGUUAGAGGAAUUAUAGAGGGGCAUAGGUUGCUAUUUUACCUUUGAAAGUGAAAAGACAUUAAAAUUUGUAAACUUGAGAUAAUCUCGGUUUAUGAAUACAUCUGUAAGGGCUUCAAAGGAUAUGAAUUCAAAGAGGUAAAGAGGCACGGGUUAUUCUUGGAUGUAACAAUGAAGCUCCCAUGUUCCUACCUCUUUUUAGAUUAACAUUUAUUGUUGUAUUCUUUUUAAGACCUUUAGAGAAAACAUGCCCAAGUAUCCUUAAAGAUCAAGAUCUUACUCCAGGGUAUCUAGUACCUCAAGACAGAUAUUUAAACCCACUUCCACUGAAACCUGUAGGUUUUCUUGGUCAUGAUAUGCUCACUUGUUCCAACUGAAAACUGAUGUCAUGAUGUGAUAUACUAAAAAAAAAAAGAUCAGUGCAAUUCUCUUUGAUAAUCU